CUGCCGUUACAGCGCCGCGCAGCCACCGCCUCACCUCAGCCGCUCGCCAUGACGACCGCGUCCCCUUCGCAGGUGCGCCAGAACUACCACCAGGACUCGGAGGCCGCCAUCAAUCGCCAGAUCAACCUGGAGCUCUACGCCUCCUACGUCUACCUGUCCAUGUCGUACUAUUUCGACCGCGAUGACGUGGCAUUGAAGAACUUUGCCAAAUACUUUCUUCACCAAUCUCAUGAGGAGAGGGAACAUGCUGAGAAACUGAUGAAGCUGCAGAACCAGCGGGGUGGCCGAAUCUUCCUGCAGGAUAUCAAGAAACCAGACCGUGAUGACUGGGAGAAUGGGCUGAAUGCAAUGGAAUGUGCGCUACACUUGGAAAAAAGUGUGAAUCAGUCACUACUGGAACUGCACAAAUUGGCCACUGAGAAAAAUGACCCCCAUUUGUGUGACUUCAUUGAGACUCAUUACCUGAAUGAGCAGGUGAAAUCCAUUAAAGAAUUGGGUGACCACGUAACCAAUUUGCGCACGAUGGGGGCCCCCGAAUCCGGCAUGGCACAUUAUCUCUUUGACAAGCACACCCUGGGGAAUAGUGAUAAUGAAAGCUAAGCCUUAGGCUGGCUUCCCAUAGCCACAGGAGUGACUUCCCUGGUCACCAAGGCAGUGCAUGCAUGUUUGGGUUACCUUUACCUUUUCUGUAAGUUGUACCAAAACAUCUACAAGUC